UUGGUAUCACCGGUGCUUUUGACAACGAUUGCUUUCAUUAGCAUUUCUCUUAUAUUUAAGGUUAAUAAUUACAACUAACGCUUUCCAAUAGUCUUAGCUUUUUUAUUUAUUUCAACUUUAUAAAAAGUAUUACAAAUGUCCUCAGAAGAUUUUUACCUACGUUAUUACGUAGGCCACAAGGGAAAAUUUGGACAUGAGUUUUUGGAAUUUGAGUUCCGUCCCGAUGGCAAACUACGCUAUGCGAACAAUUCCAACUACAAAAAUGAUACGAUGAUCCGCAAGGAAGCAUUUGUGCAUCAAUCUGUUAUGGAGGAGCUCAAGCGAAUCAUAUUAGAUUCGGAAAUUAUGGCUGAAGACGAUACACCAUGGCCACCACCAGACAGAGUUGGACGACAAGAACUAGAGAUUGUCAUUGGCGAUGAACACAUAUCAUUCACUACCUCUAAAACUGGGUCACUGGUGGAUGUUAACAGAUCUAAAGACCCAGAAGGUUUAAGAUGCUUCUAUUACCUGGUACAGGAUCUUAAAUGUCUUGUUUUCUCACUCAUUGGACUGCAUUUCAAAAUAAAGCCUAUAUAAAAAGACUUACUUUUUUUUGUAAUAUUAAAAACACUCAAUGAAACAAUUUCAAAUAAAUAUAGAAAUGAUUGCAUUUUGAUUGAA